AUGCCGAACCUCGUGUCCGGCCGAAGUGAUGGAAAUACGGACCACGGCCACCGCGAUCGUGUGUGGCUGAUCCUCUGGAGGAACUAUGGAGACUACCUGGCCGAGGCCCGUUGGUUUGGGCAUCGCCGAACCCCAUGGGAGGCUCAUGACCGCUCACGCGAGUAUCGUCCCGACCAUGGCGGGGGGCAAACGGGGUCCACGGCGUGUCAUGAUGAUGUGAUUGGCGGCAGCGGGACAGAGGCGGAGGCCGAAACAGCAGAGGCGACAAGGCGGGCCCCUUUGAUUUGCAUGUCGUUCCCCGGAGAAGGCCCCGAAACGGACCUUGCCCUAGAUAAGAACAAGACCAGAGCAGAACAAAAUCCGGGUGCCCCGAGGGGAAGAUGGCGAGGAUAG